AUGCGCUUCACCAAGCCGAGCUGGCUGAUACACGGCGGCGAGAAGAAGGACCACGAGGUGUACAGCUGCCACGUCUCGCCCGACGGCACGCGUCUGGCCACGGCGGCGGGAGAUGGCCAUGUGCGCAUCUGGUCCACCGAAGCCAUCCUCAACGCCGCGAACCCCGCCUACACCAAGCCCAAGCAGCUCGCAUCGCUGUCCUACCACUCGGGCACCGUCCACUCCGUGCGCUUCAGUCCCAACGGCAAGUACCUGGCCUCCGGUGCCGACGACAAGAUCGUAUGUGUCUACACACUCGACCCCGGACCGCCAUCGCACGCGACGUUCGGCAGCAACGAGACGCCGCCCGUCGAGAACUGGAGGAUCUUCCGGCGGCUGAUUGGGCACGACAACGAUGUGCAAGAUCUGGGCUGGAGCUGCGACAGCUCAAUCCUCGUGUCCGUCGGCCUGGACAGCAAGGUCGUCGUGUGGUCAGGCAGCACCUUCGAGAAGCUGAAGACGCUGGCACAGCAUCAAUCGCACGUCAAAGGCAUCACGUUUGACCCAGCCAACAAGUACUUUGCAACGGCCUCCGAUGACAGGAGCAUCAAGAUCUACCGCUUCACUUCGCCCCCUCCAAACGCCACAGCCUACGAUCAGACGAGCAACUUUACUCUCGAAACGACAGUUACCGCGCCGUUCAGUACUUCACCGUUGACGACCUACUUUCGAAGAUGCUCGUGGAGUCCCGAGGGCGCUCAUAUCGCCGCUGCUAAUGCUGUCAAUGGCCCUGUCAGCUCUGUUGCGAUUGUCAAUAGAGGCAGCUGGGAUAGUGAGAUCAACCUCAUUGGCCAUGAGGGACCAGUCGAGGUCUGCGCUUUCUCGCCCCGUUUGUUCUGUCGAGAACCUCCGCCGCCGGGACAAGACCCCAAGAACUACGUCUCGCCUGGCGCAGUGACUGUCGUGGCGUGCGCGGGACAGGACAAGACUCUCAGCGUCUGGAACACAAGCUUUCCACGACCUUUCGUCACCACCAGCGAGCUUAGCGCAAAGGCCAUCAGCGAUCUGGCUUGGACUCCCGAUGGAGAGACAUUAUUCCUUACCUCCUUGGACGGUACUAUUGCAGCAAUGGUCUUCGAGAAAGGCGAGCUUGGCUACCCGGCGCCUCACAACGAGUAUGACAAAGCGCUUGCGAAGUAUGGAGCGGGGCGCAAGGUGGGCUUGGUCGAGAGUGCGGAUGCUCUGCGCCUGGAAGAGGGGAGCAAAGCAGACGAGAUCAAGGUGGUCGAGGGUCGUAUGGGCGAGCUCAUGGGAGAGGGACAUGCUCCAGUAGGCACCUUGGUCAAUGGUGAUGCUUCCACGCAAGAAACUGGCGAUGCUCAAAUGGCGAAUGGCGUUGACCCUGAGCCCGUUCCGGUGCCGGCAGCGCCCAAAGACCCUCGAGUUGAGAGAGUGGACAAACUGAAGCAGCGAGUAACCAUCACAAAGGAUGGCAAGAAGCGAGUCGCACCAUUGCUGCUAUCGACUUCCAAUCAAGGCGAAGCGAACCUUCCAAAGCCACAAUUGCAGGCCGCGGUCAGGCAAGGUGGGAGUACAUCGGACGAGCCAGCCAAGAUUCUUGACCUGAGUAAGCCUUAUGAUGGACUACCAAAAGGUGGUCUUGCCAGCCUGCUAUUCGGCAACAAGCGAAAGUAUGCAGAAAUCGCGGACGCAGACGGUGAUAGCAGAGGAGGCGAGAAACGAGUGCAGGCAAUACAACUGUCUGGUGCCACGCCUAUCGUUCAUAACACGGAAAAUGGGCUUGUGCCAGCCAGCUCUGCGUCGGCGACUACCCGUCCAAUCGAGGUACCCGAUGCUCUGCGACCGGCUCUGGUAAACCCGAGCUUGACAGCAAGCCAGACUCGUCUCGCUGUGCCGAUGAUAAGGACGACCAUUCAGCGGCCGUUGGACAACAACCGACCUGCCGGGAAACCCGGUGAUGCGAUGGCUGUAGAUACACAGGACAGCGAUGCACGGAUCAUCUUUGAGGUGCGCAAUGCCUCGGGACCAUCUCGGACUGGCCGCGCACAGGAUAAAGACCCAACACGGAUCACGCUCACGAAGCAGGGUCAGAUCCUUUGGCAAGACUUUUUGCCCCGUGCGGUCUUGCUGGUCACAGGCAACAGAAACUUCUGGGUAGCAGGCUGCGAAGAUGGCACCAUCCAUGUCUGGACGCCGGCUGGCCGCAGGCUUAUGAGUGCUGUGGUUUUAGAAGCGCAGCCUGUCAUACUGGAUUGCAGGGGCUGGUGGCUCAUGGCCGUUACCGCAGUUGGCACUUGUUAUGUGUGGGACUUGAGGACUAUGGCUGCGCCACAUCCCCCAGUGCAACUGGCCCCGGUGUUAGACGUAGCUGCACAGGCACAGCAAGGACAUCUCACCGCAGGCCCUAGUCUCAUGUUUGCACGCCUCAACUCUCAAGGACGCAUUAUCCUUGGCAUGAGCAACGGCGAUGGGUUUGCUUAUAACCCCAACAUGUUUUCCUGGCAGCGCUUGAGCGAAUCGUGGUGGUCUGUUGGCUCGCAGUACUGGAAUACGGCCGACAGUUCCGUUGCCGCGGUUGCCAGCAACUCAAGAUCCAAUAUCGCUGGUCAGCAGUCAUCCAUGCUGGAUGAAAUUAACCCCGAGAAUAUCUCUGCCGGUAUCAUACCGCUGCUGGAGCGAAAUACUACUGCACACGCGCUCAUGAAAGGACGCGCAUACUUUCUGCAGCGGCUGGUCAAGCAAUUGUUAUCUGCAGAAGGCUUUGAAGGCUUUGAGUCGGCAGUCUCAAUUGCACACCUCGAGAACCGCAUCGCUGCAUCACAGACCUUGGGAGCCAAAGACGAGUUUCGCUUCUAUCUCGUCAUGUAUGCAAAGCGCAUUGGCGCCGAAGGCUUGCACGGGAAGGUCAAAGAGCUUCUUCAAGGACUUACUGGCCCACUGUUCGAGGACGAGAACGCAGAUGGUGGUUUUGAAUGGAGCGACACCAACGUGAUUGUUGGUUGGGACCGUCGAGGCUUACUUCAAGAGGUCGUGACGGUACUUGGCAAGCACAGAGACUUGCAGCGCAUCCUAGGAUUCUUCGAUACGUACCUGAAAGCCACGAGAGAAGCGGAUCAUCCAGGCGAUUAG